AACUAUACAAAUACAAUUUCGUCUCGUGUUUUCACAGUCACCGGAACUCCUUGUUGUUCAUUUUCCUGUUCUCUAUUUUUCUCGUGAUUAGGUCAUAGUUCAUCAAUGGCAGGUCGAGGUAAAACCCUAGGAUCCAGCGCUGCCAAGAAGGCUACCUCCCGGAGCAGCAAAGCCGGUCUUCAAUUUCCUGUCGGCCGAAUCGCUCGUUUCCUCAAGGCUGGAAAGUAUGCCGAGCGUGUCGGUGCAGGUGCCCCUGUCUAUCUGGCGGCCGUCCUCGAGUAUCUUGCCGCUGAGGUUCUUGAGUUGGCUGGGAACGCUGCUAGAGAUAACAAGAAGACUCGAAUUGUGCCUCGUCACAUUCAAUUGGCAGUGAGAAAUGAUGAAGAGUUGAGCAAGCUUCUUGGGGAUGUGACCAUUGCUAACGGUGGUGUUAUGCCCAACAUUCACAAUCUGUUGCUUCCAAAGAAGGCUGGUGGCUCAUCCAAGGGCGCUGGUGCUGAUGACGACUCUUAAAUAUUGGGAUCUAAUUUUUGUGAAAUGAGGCUGAAUUUAGAUUUUCCUUUGUCUUACUGUUUUUGUAGUUCUUCAAUCUUUGUGGUAUGUAGCUGUAGUUAGUUUCUCAGUUAGUGAUUAUGUGAAUAGCGGAGACUCUUACUCUUCAAGAAAGAUUGUUGAAAAUUUAAAUCAAUUUACCUUCAUCUUUUAAUCUA